UAUUAUCAGUUUCUUCUUCUCCGGGGAAAAAAAACUAAUUAAAAAGUUUCAUUUUCUUCUUUGUUCAGAUCAUCAUCAUUAUAUUAUAUAUGAAGAUGAGACGAAACUGUAACUUGGAACUCCGGCUGCUUCCUUCUGGUUUUUCCGGCGACCGUCGCGACAUGGCGGAAGAAGGGAGAACUGAAAGCCCAGAAAACCAACAGCAACAACUCACGAUUUUCUAUAAUGGAAGAGUUUGCGUUUGUGAUGUUACAGAGCUCCAGGCAAGAGCCAUUCUAAUGAUUGCAAACCGAGAAACGGAUGAAAGAUUAAGAACUCCGAAUUCGGGAUCGGAUCGGGUUUCACCUUCGUUACAAUCUCCGAUAAGUAGCCCUAGUACCAGACUUCCCACCGGCAUGAAGAGAUCGCUUCAACGGUUCCUCCAAAAACGAAAGAAUCGAAUCCAAGCAACCUCUCCUUACCAUUAAU